AUGGCUACCAUCAAAUCAGUUUUCACUUUGCUUCUCAUAACUCUCAUUGCUUUCUCUCUUCUUUUUGUUCCACUUGAUUGCACUGGUCCAGACUUCCUUAAGGUUUGCGAGUUUGAUGCAAUAUAUCAACUAGGGGACUCUAUCUCCGACACAGGCAACUUGAUUCUUCAGAACCCAUAUCUGCCAUUUUUCCAGUUUCCCUAUGGCAAAACCCACUUCAAAAAUGCAACUGGAAGGUGCUCCAAUGGGUUGCUGAUGAUUGAUUUUAUUGCUCAAUCAGCCGGAAUUCCACUUCUAUCUCCCUACUUGAACAAGGACGCAUUAUUUGCUGGUGGUCAUCUUGGGGCGAACGUUGCAGUGGCCGUCGGUGGUGGGGUGAAUUUUGCAGUGGCUGAUGCUACUGCCUUGCCUAUAAAUUUUUUUGGAGCUAAUUUUCCAUCAUCACUUACUUCAAGUUCUCUCAGUGUGCAACUGGAUUGGAUGUCCACCUAUUUCCAUCAUACCUAUCACAAUCAUCACGCCCUAUUCAUUGUGGGUGGAAUUGGAGAGAAUGAUUAUAACCUUGCAUUGCUGCACAAAACCGUUGAGGAGGCCAGAUACUUAGUUCCACAAGUUGUCAAAGCAAUUAAGGACGCUGUCACAAGGAUAAUUGGUUAUGGUGCUGUAAGAGUGGUUGUCCCUGGGCACUUCCCAAUCGGCUGUUCACCAAUUUAUCUUACAAAAUUCCACUCCGAAAAUUCAGCUCAUUAUGAUGAAUUACACUGCCUAAAGGGGUUGAAUAAUUUGGCAAUAUAUCACAAUGAUCAACUCAAACUAGCCAUUGAAGAUUUGAGAAUAGAAAAUCCUAAUGUUGUCAUAGUAUAUGGUGAUUAUUACAGUGCUUUCCAAUGGGUUUACCGUAAUGCUCAACAUCUUGGAUUUGAUGUUGCUUCUGUGCUAAAAUCUUGCUGUGGGGCUGGAGGUGCUUAUGACUUUUUCUUGGGAAAAAUGUGUGGAAUUCCUGGUGUACCAGUUUGUGCCAAUCCAGAUGAACGUAUCAGUUGGGAUGGAAUUCAUUUGACUCAUAAGGCAAACCAGUAUCUGGCAAACUGGAUCAUCAAUGACAUCUUCCCUAAGCUUCAUUGCAAAGUUUAA